AUGGCGUUUACCGCAGGAGAUAUUUGCAAGAUUUUCUUCGCCAUUAUCCUUCCUCCUCUCGGUGUGUUUAUGGAGAUAGGAUGCGGAGGUAGUUUCUGGCUGAACGUUCUCCUGACCAUUCUGGGGUUCAUUCCGGGCAUCAUUCAUGCUUUGUAUAUCAUCAUUAAGCAUUAA